CAGUCCUCGUGGAGUUCUGGGACACGAAGGUUUCGCGCGAUUCGGCAGUGCUGUUGCAAUAAUCUUUCCCACGGCCGAAUUUUUAACUAUUUUUCAAUUUCUUAGCUUAUUAUCACUCAUCUAUAAUGAAAACGAUAUGACAGUGGUUUGUGAUAUAAGAUGAGAUAAGAUAAGAUAAGAUAAGGCGCUAUGAGAUAUAAACAGCAUGCGUGAGUUGUUCGGGUACAAUAAGGAAAGCAAAUUUUGAAAGAAACUCCUCUCUCGUUCAAUCCGCGCGAAAAUAAAGUGCCUUAAUUUGACUGUGACUCGGCGCGUAGUUUCACAUCCAAUGUGCGAUAUGCGAUUGUUUCCGAACAUCAACUAGAUCUCUUCCAAGAUGGAACUGUAUAAACGAAUUUGUGCUAUUUUAUGUUUAUUAUGCGUCGCGCGUGCGUCCGAGGAGCCGCCGAGGAAAAUUACCGGGUUCAAUGAGGGUCCUUUGGCGUACGUUGAUCUUUCGAGAAUCCAAAUUCAGAAAGCCGAUGGACAAUUCGACGAACAAUUCACGGAUAAGUCUCGCGACAAGAGAGCUCUUGGCCUUCUUCUAUCAGGUCUGGCUCAGAUCUUUGGAUACACGGUGACUCCGAUUCAAUUCGCCUCAUUGCCAAACCCGAGUACCGCGAGACCCGCCGCAGUCGCCAAUUCGUCCAUGAUGGGUAAUGUCACGAAACAACAAGCCGCGUCGUCUCGGCCUGCUGCGAAUACCACUGUGCCGAGACGACAAGAAACUAUCAGGUUUACUGGUGUAUUGAAUUUCGGCAAUAAUUCGGACAUUCUAGGACACCUCCGGCAAUACGAGCAAAUGUUUCACGGUUCUCGAAAUAGUACGAUGACGCCCAUGAUGACGACGUCGCGACCCAAGCCAGCUCCGAUGCCAAUACCUCCUGCCAAACUUUCGAUAGAUCCAAGAACGAACACGCAAACGAAGCCGCCUCUGUUGGCACCGUUCUUCGUCAAGAUUCCGCUGCCGAUCGCACCCGAGCUUCUGCCAGCUGUGCCUAUCGAGGAUCUCGGGUUAUCCUAUCCGAAUCCAGUUUCCAUUGCAAGUGGUUCAAAGGAGGAGACGGAAACUCCGGUUCGGAAAGAGCAAGAGACGGUAUACAGGAGUAACGAGGAUACAGAGCGAUACACGGUGGAAGAUAAAGAUAUUUACGAUGAGAAGGACGUAAAGAAACCGAUGGAUAAGUAUACCCAUCAGUUAUACGUCGAUGACCCAAGGUGGAAGAAGCAACAAGAAGAGAGAACCAACGAACUGCUACGCAAGCAGGAAGAACGCGUCGAGAAGCUAAAGCAGCAGGAGAAGGAGAGGAAUUGCAACAAGACACCUCAUCACAGUGAAGAAGAAAGAAACGAGAGAUACCGAAACCGUGAAGAGGAAAUCGAUAAUCGAAAUCGAGACUACGUUCCUAAACAUGAGACAGAAGAAAGAAGACCAGUGUAUAUUAAAAACGAUGAUGAAGUUGAAGGCUCCGCGGAAAGAUCCAGAGAACAUGUCGAUCAUAUGAAUCUCUCAAACGAGCCCUCAAAGCGGCCACCAAAAAAAGAGGAAAUUGAAGAUUAUCCGAGUUACGACGAUGAUUCUAACAAGCAGUUUAACGGAUACAAACAAGAGAAUUUGAGAGAACCUGAAAAUUUCGACAAGUACGUAGAAGUGUACAAUCAGCAGUUGCCCAUCGGCGACUAUUUCCACGAGGGCAAUCCCGAAGUGCUUCGCGACAGCUACGGCGAGGUAUUGGACAAUAAAAAGCUUAAGGACGACAGAAUUGCCGGUUAUAUAAGCAUGUUUAAGCAACCGUACGUUCCAGCUGAUCCGUACGACUCGCAGAGAGCUCACCCUGAAGACGCGUCGAGAGAAGAGACUGAAAAGGAGACAUCUGCCGAGGAUGGUUACGACGAGCAUUUAGUUAGAUUACAGAAGCUCAGGGAGGAGUACGCCUUACCGGAGAAUAAAUAUGAAGAGUAUGACAUAAAUGACGAGGGUGAAGCGGACCGAGACGACAGAGAGAGCGAGCGGAUCCAGAACCGCACGUCGGUAAGAUCGGGAAGACCUAAAACGGGUCGUUUUCGUGGCGAGAAGGAGAAUAGUCGGACGAGAACGCCAACUGGAUCAAACGGAAACGAAGCUACGAACGGACUUCGAACGCGCGAUGACGAUGCCGCGAGAUCGGAGAAGACACGGGAAGAGGUGAAUUUUGCGAGAUAUGUGCCUCUGGUUGUGCCCAUCCGCUAUAUCGACGUCAACGACAAACUCCAGCAAGCGACUACGCGACAACUGAACUAUAAGAAGGCAGACAAAUCAACGGACAGCCGGUUCAGCGAGGAUAAUGUCGAUCCGCAAACAGCGAUCUCCAAAGAGAAGCUGACUCCGCUGAUCGGUUUGCCCAUGGAAAGACCACGACAAUUGCACGAAGGCGAGCACAAGGAGUUGCAGAUAUGGCCGCCGCCUUUUGACUACGCCUACGACAACACGGAACCAGCUAAGACUAUCGUUCCGCCAAAUCUACAGGACGGAAUCUAUGCUCCGAAUUAUUAUCAAUAUGUUGUUAAAAAUAUUGCUACGCAAGACGCGAAAGAUAAGUCUUCGGAACAGCCCUCCGGAUAUGUCGUGGUCGUUGGUAAUCCGACAUAUCCAUAUCGAUAUCCCUACAAUAUUUAUUAUUUCUCCAACGAAGCUGUUGGAAAUUCACAGAAUCAAGUUCCUCGCGCGAACGCCGAGGUUACGCAUCCGCGAGACCAAGUCUACGUUGCUCGACAAAGCGCCAAUCGACAAUUUGUCCAAGUGAAACCUAAUCUCACUGAAUAUAAUCUGAAUGAGACCGCAAAGAGUCCUCACGGCUAUUACCAGCCUCAAGAGGUCCCAACGAAUGUUCUCGAUCGUUACAGGUACACUUUAGGAGAACGCACUCAUCAAGCUGGAGAACUGGUCGAUAAUAUUGACAUAAGAACUCAAAUUCCUAAUACAGAGAACUGGUCGAACAGGAUAUAUCGGCCGCCAGAUAACAGAGUCGAGCAAUCUCCUCAUCGGCCGAUCUUCGCACAGCUGCAGAACAUUGCGUCUUUGAAUGUGCAGAAUGUGCAGAGGGGACCGUUGCAAAGACCGCGGCUUCCACAGCUGUUGAGAAGACGAAGGAAUGUGCAGCCAGAGGAUGGCAGCGAAAAUGAUGAAGAGGCGGAAGUCGCGCAACCGAAGAACAAGCCGUUUGAUGAUCCGCAAAGCGCUCACGAUUUCUUCGGCUUUAGCAAGGACGAUUAUAGUUUCGGAAGCGAAAGCAGCGACGCGACGAAAGAGAAUGGCAAAACUGCGGGGGAGGAAUCGGACGAGUUCGUUUCAGCGGAACCGAUCGCUUAUCAUCACGAUGACGAAAGUACGAAACACAUCGAUGAAGCGGAAAAUGAUAUGGAGAAAGCCAAAGUCAGGGAGUAUCGUAAUAAAGUGGCGACCUUGAGAGUGUCGGAGCGGCGGCAAUUAAAGCCAAACGGACCGAUCCACUACAUAGACUUUAUACGCAAUAUUUAACCCUAGUGUUACGAAUAAUGUUAGAAAUAACUUAAGUAAAUUGUACGCUGUUGAUCCUUCAAUUUUGCGUCAUUAAUAAGGCCCAAAUUUUUACGGUACAAAAAAUUCGUCACAUGUUUCAUACAGCAUUUAUUGCUGGCAUGAGGAUUUCAAGUUUUAUUUUAUUUUAUUUUAAAAGGUGCAUUUCCUUGUUUGAAAAUAACGUAAAAUGUAAUAUAGAAGAAUAAGAAAUAUAUAAUUUAGUAUAUUAACAAAUUAUAUUAAUAAUAAUAAUAGUAAUCUAUGUGAAAUGAAAGCAUACACUCGAAUACGUGCUAAUAAGAAUACAUUUAAAAAAA